AAAAUGUCGAUGAGUGUAUGUCGAAUCCAUGUCAAAACGGCGGACAUUGUCGUGACCGGAACAAUGGCUACACCUGCACCUGUCAGCCGGGCUACCUGGGCAUCAAUUGUGAAAUCGAUGUGGCGGUCUGCAAGACGGGUACUGGUGCGCGCUGUCAGAAUGGCGGCGAAUGCAUCGAGGGUCCCGGUCUGGAGUUCUCCUGCGAAUGUACUGCCGGCUGGCAUGGACGCAUCUGUCAGGAGGAGAUCAACGAGUGCGAGUCGGCGCCAUGUCAGAAUGGCGGUGUAUGCGUGGACAAAUUGGCAUCGUAUGUGUGCGCCUGUCCGAUGGGCUAUACGGGGAACAAUUGCGAAGAGGAGAUAUUAAUUUGCGCCGACAAUCCAUGCCAGAACAAUGCGCUCUGCCUGAUGGAGGAGGGCAUACCGACGUGCUAUUGUGUGCCUGACUAUCAUGGCGAGAAGUGCGAAUAUCAGUACGAUGAGUGCCAAUUGGGACCGCGUUGCAUGAAUGGUGGCGUAUGCAUUGAUGGUGUUGACACGUUUUCAUGUUCAUGUCCGCCGUUGCUGACAGGAAUGCUAUGCGAGUGCCUAAUGAUUGGCGAGGAUUCGUUGGACUGCAAUUAUACUGCAGCCAUAUCGACAAUGCCACCGACAACAAUGGUGCGGCCAAUAGCUGGAACAACCGCGGCGACAGUAACAACGACAACGGAGGCGGCGACACCGCAUAUUCCCGCGGUAACUGUAGUGACUACAACGACGCCUGCCGCGGGGGUGGCAGGUGUGUCUACUUCCGUUGAGACUGAGGAGACUGAAGAGGAGCAUGGUGAAGUGGAAGUAAAACCACCGCCUGGGCCGGUUACGACAGCAAGUAGCGCCGCCGCCUCCACCUCCUCGGAGGAGAAGGUCCACACGACAGAGGCAUCGCGUUCGUACACCGCAGAGUCUGGUGGCAGCAGCGUUGAUGUGUCAUACUCCUCCGAAGGAAGCGCGUCAGUUGAAAUUGGCACCUCCGAUGAAGUGACGCGACUCGACGUUAGUAGCGGUCAGGAGGUUCCCACCACCACAGCCAAGGUGACGAGUAGUGGCGUGGAUGCGGAUUACACACCCGGUUCAUCGGCGGUUUCAAAGAGCGCAGAGUCGGGCGAACGCCCGACCAUCACCUACUCCACGCGUCCGCCAUUCAAGCACUAUGUUACGACUAUCGAGACCACUUUCUCCAUCGACAUCUCGACAGCACGUCCCACUUACCGGCCUACAGCAACAAUACUAUUCCCCAGCAGCACGAUGCACAUACUUCCCGAAUUCGCCAGCAAGCACAUACCCACAGCUUAUCCCGAGUACCCAGAUCACGAAGCACCCACCACACCACAUCGCAUUUGGACGGCGGACAAGGGUGUGACCACCACAGCCGCGCCCUUCUUCACCGAAUACCCCGAAGUGUCGGUUACCACUCGCUACAAGGACUUCACCAGCAAAGACUUGAGCACAGUGACAACAGCGCGUCCAGGCGCAACCUACCCACCGCCAACGCUGCCGUCAGCAACGCCAGCCAUCGUGCAUGGUGGCACAACAUUACCACCGCACAUAGGCGGCGAUACUGUGUCGCCGACUGCGACUCCAACCGCUGGCGUAACCGUCGAACGUCCCAUUCAUCAUCAUCAUCACCAUCACCACCACCAUCACACUACACAUGCGCCGCCUACCAUCAAAGAAGACCACACGUUGCCGGCACAUACCACACAUCGCGGCGGCGUGCCAACAACAUUGUCACCAGCUCCACCGCCAGCUGUAGCGGUGACCACAACGCAACCGCUGUACACUGAAGAUCUGAUUCGGCCCACUACGUCAGCAGGCCCGGCUACAACACCAACUGUGCCUCCAGAUGCGCCAACAAGCCUCGCACCGCCAGAAUCCGAGUCGGCAGAAGAGACUACACAGUCACCGCCACCACAACCACCAGAGCCUGCGCCAUCUUCUACACCUGCAGCAUUGCCACCAACAACAUUACCACCACCGACAUCGCCGCCGACCACCACACGCAUUACUGUGGCUACUUACCCGCCGCCAACUGAGCCGCCAGCUCCUGCGCCGGGUACACUGGCACCAGCGUACACCACAUUGCCGCCGGCGCCACCACCGACAACACCACCAGCUCCUUCGCCGGCGGUUUACAGCACUUAUGCGCCGGCAGGCAGCAAACCUGGCACUACAACAGUGGCGAGCAGUGAAGAGGUUGAAAGCUCAAAUACAGUGGCAACGGGCGGCGGUGGCGAAACGGGAGUUGCGCGUGGUGGCGCUGGCGGUGUAGAUAAUGCCACCGAAGCGGAUUGCAUCAAGGUGGGCUGCUAUAAUGGUGGCACUUGCGUCACCACUUCCGAGGGUUCCAGGGUAAGUGCAGAAAUAAGGAGUGAUUACUUAUAUAAUGAAGUGAGAAUGUGAGUGCGCGUAUGGGUGCCAGACGAAAGAGGUUCAAGAAGGUAGUAUUUAAAAUAUUAAGAGGUGUGUGGCCACCUGUUUUAAAAGUCGAAUUUAGUCAACAUAUACAGAAGUU